GGGAGCGCGCGCGUGCGCGCGCGGGAGCCGCGCCGCCGCGCCCCCCGUGCGCCCGCUGCUGCCGCGGGGCGCCGGGCGCCGCCACGAUGGCGGAGGCGGAGGCGGAGGGCGCCCCCGCCGACGCGGGGCUCGGGCUCGGCUCGCUGGCGCAGCGCUUUGAGAAGGACGGCAUCGACACCGCCUUUCUCGAAGAGCCCUUCCUCGAGGAGUCGGAGCUGGGCGAUGGUGAGUCCCUGCGCGCAAGGCUGGUGACGCUCUCGCCAGACGACCGCAGGAAGUUCUUGAAGACCGUUGACCAGCACGGCCGCACUGGGCUCAUCAUCGCCGCUCGGCGCGGCGACGCGGACCUCACCGCCGUCUUGCUGGACGCCGGGGCCAACCCCAACGAGUGCGACGCCUCGGGCUCCACCGCCCUGCACUACGCGGGCGGCCGGGGGUCGGCGGCGGUGGUGGAGGCGCUGCUGAACGCCAGGGCGGACAUCGAGAAGAAGGACGACCAGGGCGAGACGCCCCUGCUGUGGGCCGGCAGCGUCCGUGCGCUCGGCCUCCUGCUGCGGGCCGGCGCGGACGCGCACGCCCGGGGCUGCCGCGGCAGGACGGCGCUGAUGCUGGCCAGCGCCAGGGGCGACGCGGACAGCGUGGAGCUGCUCGCGCAGCAGGCGGGCACGGAUCUGGACCUGUGCGACGAUUCUGGCACCUCAGCGCACGCUACGGCCGUCACUGCGGGCCACAGCGCGGUGGCAGACCUGCUCGUGAGAUUGGGGGCCGCCGCCACGCCGCAACUGGCCCCGAGGAUCGCGGCUCGCGAGGAUGCGCUCCACGAGGCGGCCAGAAGUGGCGACGCCGGUGCGUGCAGAAGCUUCCUGGCGGGCGGUGACGUCGCCGUGGACCACGAGGUCGCGGGCGAGACCGCGCUGCUGCUGGCGGCCGGCUGCGGAUCCGCGGCGGCGGUGGAGGUGCUCCUGCAGCACCGCGCGGACCCCAACCGUGCGGACGGCUUCCUGCAGGAGACCCCGCUGAUGCGCGCCGUGCUGGGCGGCUGCGCCCAGGAGGUCCUCUGGCUGCUCCUCGAGGCGCGCGCGGACCCGUCCCUCGGGGACCUGUCCGGCAGGACGCCGCUGGACGCCGCGGUGGCGUGGAAGAGCCACGCCGGCGCCAAGAUCCUGCAGGCCGCCGCCGCGGGGCAGCUCGACUUCUCGAACCUGGACUGACGCGUGCCGGGCCGUCGGGCGGCCGCGCGACAAAAAAACGGCGCCCGCGGGGGAGUCGCCUCAGGACGGCCGGCGGUGAGGAAGCGGCUGGGAGUCCGGGUAGGUCAAGCAGUGGCGAAGCGUCUUGGCGUGCUUAUGGGCCUACCAAACAGUGUUCUAAGAACCUUGUGCGGUUUC